GACCACUCCCUGCUUUCUACACCAUUAACUCUCUGCUACAGCCUCAGCUACGUCUGUGCUCAUCUUCCCCAAAAUGCAGUUUUUUCUGCUGCCUCUAGAGUUCAUAACAUCGUCAGCUUAAGUGCAGAAUAACACACUGCAUGUAAUCAUUGUCAAGGAGGUGUUUUUAGUAGAAACAGACAGCUCUCUGCAGCCAGACAGCAGCCUCAUCAGUGUUUUACUCCAUCAAAACCUUAAAAAAAAGUAUGGACAAGGACAAAAAGAUGAUGGUAUUCUAUCUGUUUCUGGCAGCUUUAAGCAGCCCUGUGGUUACUGAAGAAUGGAAGGCCAGUGUAAUAAAAGAACUAGAAGCCCUGGUCACUUCCUGUGUUGUGGUUCCCUGCUCAUUCUCUCAUCCUGGGGGUCCUCUGCCCACCUCCAGACUCAGAGGCAUCUGGCAUCUUAAAAGUGGUCGAGAUCAACUCGUCUAUUAUGAGGACCAGACACGGAUCUUGGAGAACUUCAGGGGCCGCACAAAGUUGUUGGGACAUCUGGGUCAGAGCAACUGCACCUUAGAAAUAACUAAAGUUAGAGAUCAUGACAACGGCCCUUUCUGUUUCCGGAUUGAAUUAGCAAAAUCGACUGAUCCAUCCACCCCUGACAAGUUCUCCUUUGUGGAGGAUUGUGUUGACCUCAGAAUGCUCCCUGAACCUCCAAAACCGACACUGUCUCACUCAAAGACGGCCACUGAAGGACGUCCCUUCACCAUCACCUGUUCAGUCACCCACACCUGCCCGAGCCAUGCACCUCGUCUCAAAUGGAGCAGGGCCGACCCUGAUGCAGUGCAUGAGGUGCACAAAAAAAGUCGCUUUGGCUACUGGGAGGCAGAGAGCAUCCUGACCAUCACUCCUGAGGAAAAGGACGACCACACUGACAUCACCUGCACUGCAGAAUUUAAUGGAGGCAGUGAAUCCUCUGCAUUAAUGACCCUCUACGUGAAACGUUCUGUAAACUACAACCACAUCAUCAUUCCCACAGUGGUGGCCAUUGGUACAGCUGCCAUCUUUGCAGGCUUCUGCAUUUUUAUGUUGAAAAGAUACAAGAACCGCAUUGCUGAGCUUCAGAGUAGGGACGGCAGCGUGUGGAACCGGAUGUCCAGACUUUCACGCAGGAUUCGUUCUGACGGUCCAGGACCAUCUCGUUCCGAUCAAAGAAGGUCUAUUUGGAGCAGAUUUUCAAGGGUGUGUUGUACCAUUUACAAGAUGUCUGGGUCCAGCCAUUUGCUCCUGAGCUUCUGUAUUCUAGGAUCCUUAUUCGGCUGUGCCCGGGCUUGGUAUGUAUGGAUGCCAAACCAUAUCAAAGGCUUGCUGGGUUCCUGCCUUGUCAUCCCUUGCAGGUUUGACUACUAUCGGUAUCCACCGAAGAGACCAGAUCGUGUGGUUUGGUAUCAGUACGUGUCUCGUGGUUAUCCUCUAGUUUAUGACAACUGGUACCGAAGUAAAGUCAUUAGCAAAUUUAAAGGAAAAACAGAGGUUUUUAGAUCCGGUAAGCGAUGCAGUCUUCAAAUCAACCCAGUGACAUGGUCACACCACAGAGAGACUGUAUACCCGUGGAUAGAUCCAGAGAAUAUUGGGAAAAGCACCCAUGCUUUCUAUGACAAAACUGUAACAAUUGAAGUAACAAGCAGGGCAAAAACACCUGUUAUUAUGUUCUUUGGAAGCAUGAAGGUUGGCCAGUCUGUGACAGUGCACUGCUCUGUUGACCACACCUGUUCCACUUAUCCACCAACUCUGAGUCUCUCAGGGCAACGCCAGAGUCUAACUCAUGUCACCAGUUCUGAGGGCACAACCAGAACCACCUUGAAGAACACACUGUUGAUAGAGAGAGACCGCCAAACUGUGCAGUGCUUCGCCCGACACAAGGGUGGUGUCACUGCAAGUGCUACUAAAACCUUAAAUGCAGAAUGCUCCUUUUCACCCUUGACUAUCAGCCCUACUUCGUAUGAGUUUCUGGAGGGACAGGCAAGCACAGUAACCUGCACUGCCUCAUACACAUGCUCGCAACAUAUACCAAUUUUGACAUGGAACUAUGGUUCCAUGCCAGCCUCCACUGAUACCAGAAAGCCUGGAUAUACGUGGGAGACUGUCUCCAAACUGACAUUCACAGCUUCAGGAAACGACCACGGACGAUCUCUGACAUGCUAUGCACAAUUCACUGGGGGACAAAUACUGGAAAGGAGCAUCACUCUGCGGGUAAAGAGAAACAUGCUCAAGCGCGGCUGGUCCUUCACUACUCCCCGCAGCAUCACUGGCCUGAGAGGCUCAUGUGUCAUCAUUCCUUGUACAUUCAGCUACAGUGUCUCCCAGCCUGCUGACCUCCAAGUUAUAUGGUACUUGUUCCAGAGCAGUGGGUAUCCAGCUGUUUUUAACCAAGGACAGAGUGUUAUCAGUAAGUUCAGUGGGAUAACCAGCUUAGUUGGAUCUGUGGGGGAGAAGAAUUGUAGUCUUAAGAUUGGGAAGCUGGAGAUGUCGCACAAUCAGGACAGACUUUACCCAUGGGUAGACAAGAAUCCCAUCCAAUCCUACCAAAGCCCGGGUCACACCUUUUAUGAACAAACCUCUCAGCUUAUUGUUUCAGACAAUGCACAGGAACCAGAGCUGAGCAUCAUUGGUAUCCCCAGGGUGGGAGAGGAGAGCACAGUGUCCUGCAGCGUGCACCAUACAUGUAUCUCUGCUCCCCCCAGCCUGACCCUGGAGAGUAGACCUGGUAAAGACAACCUGAAGGACACUCUGGUGUCUGAUGGGAUUUGGGAAAGGACAGUAGAGCGAACUUGGACUGUAAAAGAGGAGGACCAGAGUGUGAGGUGUACUGUGAGUUACACCGGAGGUCAGAAAGCCACACGUGAGCUCAAGCUGAAUGUUGAAUGUCCAUUUGACAAAAUCAAUAUGACUGAGCGGCCAGGGAACAUGACAGAGGGAAUGGCAAAGAGUGUCAUUUGUUCUGUUUCCUACAAGUGCGGGAAAAAUAAACCAUCUAUCACGUGGAACUAUGAAGACAUGCAGAGUUCUUCAAAAACCACAGCCCUCCCCAGUAAUACCUUUAUCACAGUGUCAAAUCUAACUUUCAUUGGCUCUCUUGAGGACGACGGUAAAUCUCUGAACUGCACUGCUCAGUUUUCUACUGGGGAGACCACACACUCUGAAAUCCUCCAUAUAAAAAAAUACGUGAGAGAUCCAUAUGAAAAUGACACGGUCUACCACGAGCCUGCUGACGUCCCUUACAGGUUCAGCGCCCUGAGCGGCUCCUGUGUGGUGAUUCCUUGCAGCUUCCCACCUGACGUGGAAGAGCCUUUCACGCGCGGCAUAUGGUCCAAAAAAAAAACUGGGGCCAUUAUCUACCAUAAUGCCCGGGGCGAUGUGGAAGACCAUUUCAAGGGCCGCACCAGACUUUUAGGAGACCUGAAUGAGGGAAACUGCUCAUUAGAGAUUGAUGACAUCAAUCCUUUUGACAAUGGACCUUUCUGUUUUUAUGCACAGAGGAGCGAAAAAGAUAAAACCAGAUUCAACAAUAGCUGCGUAUUCAUUAUUAUGAAAGCAUCCCCAGAAAAACCAGUGAUGACUUCAGUCCCAGCAGAAGUCGAUGCCGGCUCAACCAUUACUGUCUCUUGUUCUGUGACGCACACAUGUCCUUCACAUCCUCCAGAGUUCUCGUGGAGUGUCCCUUACCUCACCAGCGAGGUCAGGCACACCUUGACGUCACAGGGCAUCUGGGAGACGACCUCCAUGAUCACCUUCAAGGCUGCUGGAGGAGUCCGAAGCCUAACCUGUACUGCCACCUCCUGGCGUAACAAGCAUCAAAACAACACAGUCCAGCUGACUGUGAAAGGAUCAAGCUCUCCCGCAGCCAUUGCAGUGUCAGUUCUAGUCCUGAUUGUGAUUAUCCUAGCUGCAGUGUUUGGAGUGGUCUUCUAUAGGAGAAGGAAGCGCUCUGAUGACUCUCAGGGACCACCACCUCGCCCAGAGAAAAGGAGAUCACUUUGGGACAGAUUAUCCAGGAGAAAUCCUGGAGACAGGGAGAGACCUCCAAGGCCAGACAAACGGGGGUCCAUUUGGAACCGAUUGUCCCGGAGAGCAGAGGAUGACCGUGUUGGGUGGAAAGCUGAGAGAGAACCCAGGGGGUCAUUCUGGAGCAGAUUUUCAAGAGACCAAAACAACUCUGGGAACCUCAGUGUCGGCUACUCAAACAACACCACCACUGUAAACUGUGACACUCAAAUCUCCAAACACUUUCCAUCCCCAAAGGAGCCCCGGAGACCUCCUCGCUCUGGCAGGUCUGAGGAUCAACGUGUCUAUGGCAACUACUGAGUUCUUCCAGCCAACUUGGAAACAUCACAUGCAUCCAGGACCAUGUUGCUGUUAUUAUAUUACAUUUAAACACAUACUGCACAGAACAUUUUAUGUUUUAUGGGUGGGGA